AUGGCCGGACAUAAUGACCUAGCUAUUGCAAACGCGUUGAACAAUAUUGCCCAGGCCUUUGGGAAUAUUCAGGGUAAUGCGGAGGAAGAGAGGCUGGAUAGGUUUUUGAAGAAUGACCCUCCCAUGUUCAAAGGGAUGUAUGAUCCUGAGGGUGCACAGGAUUGGCUUCAGGAGAUUGAAAGAAUAUUCAUGGCUAUGGCGUCGACAGACGCACAGAGGGUGACGUUGGCAACCCAUAUGUUGAAGGGGGAGGCUGACCGUUGGUGGGGCAACGCGCGGCAGAGAAUGCAAGCGACAGACAUCCUAAUCACUUGGGCCGGGUUCAAAGGGGCCUUCUUGGAAAAGUACUUCCCUGCUGAUGUUCAGAGCAAGAAAGAGAUGGAAUUCUUGGGGCUGAGCCAAGGUACUAUGUCGGUGGCCGAAUAUGCUGCCAAAUUUGAAGACCUGAUAAGAUAUUGUCCCCACUACAACAAUGCUGAGAAUGAGAGGUCGAAGUGCGUCAAAUUCGAGAAUGGCUUGCGACCAGAGAUCAAGGCAGAGCCAGGCCAUAUUAGUACCGAGUGUGACAAACCAUGGAAGACACGAGAUGCUACUCCAUCGAAAGGGAAGGUGUUCGGCUUGUGGGGCUCGAAGUCAGAUGCAUGA